AUGGCACCUCUUAAUCUCUUCAUCCUACUAUUCCCCGCCUAUCUUCUUCAAAUAAACUCCCAAAAUCUUUCUUCUGAACAAGAUUACCUACUAAACCUGAAACAACACUGGAAUAAUCCCAACUCAUUAAACUCAUGGGCCUCAUCUUCUUCCUCACCUUGCCAUUGGCCUGAAAUCGAGUGCACUUCAGGUACAGUCACAGGCCUAUUCUUGGCCGGGAAAAGCAUAACGGGAAAAAUCCCGACCUCAAUAUGCCAGCAGCUCAAAAGCCUCAUUUCCAUCAACCUAUCCGAGAACAAUGUGUUGGGGCAAAUACCGGUAAGCCUGCACAGUUGCUCAUACCUGCAAAAACUGGAUCUUUCAUCAAAUAUGCUUUCAGGAAAUAUACCGGGUGAGAUUUUUCGUAUGAAAAACUUUCUACAUUUGUUCCUUAACGGAAAUAGAUUGUCCGGUGUUAUACCAACACCAAUAGAGACAUCCAGUUUGGAGUUUCUUGAUCUCUCUAAUAAUCAGUUGAAUGGAUCAAUCCCGGAUGAUGUAAGGAAUUUACACAGCCUUCUACAUUUCGAUUUAUCCAUGAAUUCAUUUGUCGGUAACAUCCCAAGAGGUUUGUUCGGUUUGGACCGGAUGUACACUCUUUUGUUAGGUCACAACAACUUGACUGGUCAACUGCCAGAAAAUUUGGGCUUGACCAGCUUACAAGUUCUCAAUCUUACUCACAAUAACUUACUAGGGACGCUACCGAAAAGUCUAGGCGAAUUAACAGCUCUAAGCUCGUUGGAUUUAUCUAAUAACCAGUUCUCUGGUGACAUCAUGGAUGACUUCCUUCUUUUGAGCUCCAUCAGUGUGCUUAGGCUUUGUUCAAACAAAUUCUCGGGAGAAAUUCCUCAUGAGUUUGUGAAUAAGGACUUUGAUCAAAAUUGCUUGGAUGAUUUCAAUCUCUGCUCAGACUAUGGGUAUGAGGGUUUACCAAGUUGCCCCUCUAGCUUCUGCUCGGACAAUAAGUUCCACAUGUAUCUAAAAUGCAAUAGUUCCAAGCACAACGUGUAUCGUAUUUUAAUAAUAGUGUGCGGAAUUGGCUGUGGGGUUACGGGAUUUGCAAUAUUUACCUACUUGGCAAGAAAAUGUUGGCUUAAGAAAAAUAAGUUGAACUUAGCAAAAUUGAAGAAAAUCUGGUGCAGUGGCCCUGCUACGGAAAAGGAAGACAUAUGGAAAAUGAUUUCAUUUCAAAAGUUGAAGUUCAACAAACACGAGAUUGUAACGAGCUUGACAGACGAAAAUCUUAUAGGAAAUGGAGGCUCAGGAAAAGUGUACCGAGUUUAUAUCAACCAAACAGGAAGCACGUAUGCUGUCAAAAGCAUAUCGAAUUCGACAAAAUCUAACCACCGGCUUGAGAAGGAAUUUAUGGCCGAGAUUCAGACACUGGGGACUAUCAGGCAUUACAAUAUAGUAAAGCUCUUUUGUUGUAUGUCAAACAACAACAUGAAGCUUCUCGCUUACCAAUAUUUCGAGAAUAAGAGCCUCGAUCAGUGGCUGCAUGGCAACAAGAGGGAAUUAGCAUCAGAUGGUGGUAAUAAUAGUUCAAUCACAAAUUUGGAUUGGCCAAUGAGGCUGAAUAUUGCAAUAGGUGUAGCCCAAGGCCUUUGCUAUAUGCACCAUGAUUGUUCUCCACCUGUAAUCCACCGGGACAUUAAAUCGAGCAAUAUACUAUUGGACUCUGAAUUCAAUGCUAAAAUAGCAGAUUUUGGUCUAGCUAAGUUGCUAAAUGGGCAUGGGGAUACAGAGACAGCAUCUGCUGUUGCUGGAACUUUUGGCUACAUUGCCCCUGAGUAUGCCUACACGAGUAAAGUGAACACAAAGAGCGAUGUUUAUAGCUUUGGGGUAGUUCUACUUGAACUCACUACAGGGAGAAAGGCAGUUACUCGAGGAGAACAUACAAAUCUAGCUGGAUGGGCACUACAACAAUUCAGGGACACAGGUGCCCUUUUUUACGCAUUGGAUGCAGAGAUCAAGGAACCAAUAUAUUUGGAUCAAAUAAUCACCGUUUUCCGAUUAGGAGUUGUGUGUACUGCCACAUCACCUUCCAAUCGACCAUCCAUGAGAGAUUGUCUGCAUAUUCUUCAUAACUGCAGUAACAAUUUUUCUUCACAAAGUACUUUGACCCUAGAAGUCUCUGAAUAUGCAUCCUAA